CCCACGCCGGCGCACACGCUGGCGCAAACGACACCACCGCCGUCGCCGCGCUUGGCCCGCGCUGGCUGUCCGACCUGCAGACGCGCAUCACGCGGUGCGCCGGCCGCGGCCUCCAGGGUCGCCAGGCCGAGGAGCUCGAGGCGGUGCGGCGGGCCGUCGACGCCCAGUGGCUGGAGCUGUUCGCCGGGCGGGAGGGGUUCCUCACGGGCCCCGGAUGGAGGGGUCUGGACAGGCACACUGUGACCUGGGGAGAUCAGGACGCAAUGGGUCACGUGAACAACGUCGUCUACAACAAGUACGCCGAGUCGGCGCGGUUCAACUGGUUGCGCAACUUCGCCACGACCAUCGACCCCGAGCACGCCGACGACUGGAACGCCUUCCUGUCGCCGCGCGACGUCGGGCUCAUCAUGAGGAGCAUGAAGACGGACUAUAAGUUUCCGAUGGCCUACCCGGAUCACGUCACGGUCCUGCACAAGCUCGUCUCCAAGCCGACGUACGGGGCCGACUACAUCUUCCUCGAGGCUCUCCUCAUCUCCCACGCCCACCGCCGUCCCUCGGCGCGCUGCUUCGAGGACAUCGUCGUCUACGACUACAAGGCGGCCAAGCGGGCGCCGCUCAAGCCUUUUAUGGUCGACCGGCUCCGGGAGACGUACGAGGCGCAGGAGGAGACCAGGAUCACGUGCGAGCGCAAGGUCCAGGGGCUCAUUGAGGCCGUGCGGAGGCUGGAGAACGCUGUGUGAGAUUGGCAAGUUUGCAUGUGUGUCUGCAAGACUAGCUAGACGGCGAUGAUGAAGACUUUUACAUAAGAAUCGGGCCAUAGACUAUAGAUCUCACACGGGGAGAGAAGCAAUGCAUAAGUAGAGUAAUAGACGCGUUCGGAUGGGCGUU